AUGGCUGGAUUCAAAUCUGACUUCACCAUAUACAUUGGACGAGUGACCUUUACUCUUCUUCAAGUGACAAUUUCACUUAGCAAAGUAGAGCUUAGUGUGGGAGAAUCUAAAUUCUUCACAUGUACAGCAAUUGGUGAACCUGAGAGUAUAGACUGGUAUAAUCCUCAAGGAGAGAAGAUAAUCUCAACACAGAGGGUAUCAGUGCAAAAGGAAGGUAUUAGAUCACGAUUAACCAUCUACAACGCAAAUAUAGAAGAUGCAGGGAUAUAUCGUUGUCAAGCAACAGAUGCCAAAGGACAGACACAAGAAGCCACAGUUGUUUUGGAAAUUUACCAAAAACUCACUUUCAGAGAAGUGGUGUCUCCACAAGAGUUCAAACAAGGAGAGAAUGCAGAAGUGGUUUGCCGAGUCAGCAGUUCGCCUGCACCUGUUGUCAGCUGGUUGUAUCAUAAUGAGGAAGUCACCGCUAUUUCCGACAAUCGGUUUGCUAUCUUAGCCAACAAUAAUCUGCAGAUUCUCAACAUCAAUAAAAGUGAUGAAGGUAUAUAUAGGUGUGAAGGAAGAGUGGAGGCUAGGGGAGAAAUUGACUUCCGUGAUAUCAUCGUUAUUGUUAAUGUGCCACCAGCAAUCACAAUGCCUCAGAAAUCCUUUAAUGCCACAGCAGAGAGAGGAGAGGAGAUGACAUUUUCCUGCAGAGCCUCUGGCUCUCCUGAGCCCACCAUUUCCUGGUACAGGAAUGGCAAGUUUAUUGAAGAAAAUGAAAAGUACAUACUGAAAGGAAGCAAUAAAGAACUCACUGUCAGGAACAUAAUCAAUAGUGAUGGGGGCCCGUAUGUCUGCAGGGCUACAAACAAGGCAGGAGAAGAUGAAAAACAGGUACUUCUCCAAGUCUUUGUACAGCCUCACAUAAUACAGCUUAAAAAUGAGACUACAUAUGAGAAUGGUCAAGUCACACUAAUAUGUGAAGCAGAAGGGGAGCCUAUUCCAGAAAUCACUUGGAAAAGAGCAGUGGAUGGCAUCACUUUUUCCGAAGGCGAUAAGAGCCCAGACGGACGUAUCGAAGUCAGAGGGCAGCACAGAAGCUCAUCACUGCAUAUUAAAGAUGUGAAGUUGUCAGAUUCAGGGAGAUAUGACUGUGAAGCUGCAAGUAGAAUCGGAGGGCACCAGAAAAGCAUGUACCUUGAUAUUCAAUAUGCUCCCAAGUUCAUAUCAAACCAAACAAUUUAUUACUCUUGGGAAGGAAAUCCAAUCAAUAUAAGCUGUGAUGUGAAAUCUAAUCCACCGGCAUCAGUCCAUUGGAGAAGAGAGAAAUUAGUCUUGCCAGCUAAAAACACCACUAAUUUAAAGACAUAUAGUGCAGGGAGAAAAAUAAUAUUAGAGAUUGCACCUACAUCUGACAAUGACUUUGGACGAUAUAAUUGCACAGCCACUAACCGUAUAGGAACAAGAUUUCAAGAAUAUAUUCUUGCUUUGGCUGAUGUGCCAUCCAAUCCCUAUGGAGUGAAGAUUAUAGAGCUGUCACAGACGACAGCCAAGGUUUCUUUCAGCAAGCCGGACUCCCAUGGAGGUGUGCCUAUUAAUCACUAUCAAGUGGAUGUUAAAGAAGUGGCAUCAGAAACCUGGAAAAUAGUACGCUCCCAUGGAGUUCAAACAAUUGUUGUUUUGAGCAACCUGGAACCAAAUACAACUUAUGAAAUCAGAGUUGCAGCUGUAAAUGGAAAAGGACAAGGAGACUACAGUAAAAUAGAAAUUUUCCAAACAUUACCAGUUCGUGAACCAAGUCCUCCAUCGAUACAUGGACAGCCAAGCAGUGGGAAGAGCUUUAAACUCAGUAUCACCAAACAAGAUGAUGGAGGGGCCCCUAUUUUGGAAUACAUCGUGAAAUAUAGAAGUAAAGAUAAAGAAGACCAGUGGCUAGAGAAAAAAGUGCAGGGAAAUAAAGACCACAUUAUUUUAGAGCAUCUACAGUGGACAAUGGGGUAUGAAGUUCAAAUUACAGCUGCCAAUAGAUUGGGAUAUUCAGAACCAACAGUCUAUGAGUUCAGCAUGCCACCAAAACCCAACAUUAUUAAAGACACACUUUUUAAUGGUCUUGGGCUUGGAGCGGUCAUUGGUCUGGGAGUCGCUGCACUCUUGUUAAUUCUUGUGGUAACAGACGUCAGCUGCUUCUUUAUUCGACAAUGUGGGUUAUUGAUGUGCAUCACCAGGAGAAUGUGCGGGAAGAAAAGUGGCUCCAGUGGUAAAAGUAAAGAACUUGAAGAAGGAAAAGCUGCAUACCUGAAAGAUGGAUCAAAAGAACCAAUAGUAGAGAUGAGAACAGAGGAUGAAAGAAUUACUAAUCAUGAAGAUGGGAGCCCAGUAAAUGAGCCAAAUGAAACCACACCACUAACAGAACCUGAAAAAUUGCCUUUAAAAGAAGAAAAUGGGAAAGAAGUCCUAAAUCCAGAAACUAUAGAAAUUAAGGUUUCUAACGACAUCAUUCAAUCAAAAGAAGAUGACAGCAAAGCAUAACACCAAGAUCACAGAGUCUUUAACAACGAAUGCUACAAAGAGCAUUUAGAUUGCAGUGACCCUAUGACCAAAACUAUUCCAUUGACCUUAAUUUCUUGGGAAACUUCUAGCUUGGAAUAGCUUGUACACAUAUACAUAUGAUCAAAUACUCCUGCCCAUGGUCCAUUUCCUUUUGUUGUUGUGUUGUUGCUGUUGUUGUUUCUUUUGUUAUGAAUUUCAAUAUAGAGACCUGACCGGCACCAACUCUUGGGUAUCAAUUUGACUCUAUGAUUGAAGUGCUGCAAUUUAUUAUAUGGAUAAAGUGCUCUAUUUCUUAAGAACUAUAUUUCAUAACAUAACCUCUCCACAAGUAGGGGUUUAAGGAAAAACAAAGAAAACAAAAUCUUUGUGAGCUAAAUGUAUAACAAAGCCCUGCAUGUUUUUUAAUCCAAUCUUGGGCAAAUAGAUUAUUAAAGUGGAUUUCAGUUUAAGAUGAAAAUACUUAAUAAAGGUUACACUUUUCAUCCAGAGAAUUUCAGGGAACUUAGGCUUGAAGGAGCCAGUUAUCUUUAGCAGAUGUUAAAUAUUGAGAGAAACUUUGGAAAACUCUUUUUAAGUUAUAAUUACAAUGCUACUUCAAAGUUGAAUUUUUAAUAGACUGAAGUGCCAGAUCAAAAUUGUUACCCAUUUAAAUGAAUAUUAGUUGUGUGUAAAAUUAGAUUAGAAAGAGUCCAUAAAUCUCUAUCUCUUAUAUAUGCCGUAUUCACUCACAAUGGAUUACACACAAAGAAAAUGUAUUGCAAGUGAAAAUAAUAUUGAUUUCUGCCCUCAGCUUCAAAUAAAGUAAAUUGAAAUGGGAACAAUA